AUGACGAAGCCGUCGCCCCACGCGGACGUACGCCUGCCCGAGCGCCUCAGCUUCCCGGACCAAGAGCUUGCGACGCUUGAGCUCUGGAAGGAGCUCGACGCGUUCAUGACGUCGCUUCGACUCUCGAAGGAUCGCAAGCCGUUCACGUUCUACGAUGGGCCGCCGUUCGCGACGGG